AGGUUGGCGGUGCGUUUCUGUGCAGUGAGGCGGUUCCUGCCCUGCCAGCUUCAGACUGCGGCGGGCAGAGCAGUACGUUACAGAAAUGGCGGAGGGGGAGUUGGACGUCGACUCGCUGAUUUCCAGGCUUUUAGAGGUGCGAGGAUGUCGUCCAGGGAAGAUCGUCCAGAUGACGGAGGCCGAGGUCCGCGGCCUCUGCAUCAAAUCCAGAGAGAUUUUCCUCAGCCAGCCGAUCCUUCUGGAGCUGGAGGCUCCACUCAAAAUAUGUGGUGACAUCCACGGACAGUACACAGACCUGCUGAGGCUCUUCGAGUACGGCGGCUUCCCUCCAGAGGCCAACUAUCUGUUCCUGGGCGACUACGUGGACAGAGGGAAGCAGUCUCUGGAGACUAUCUGCCUGCUGCUGGCCUAUAAGAUCAAAUACCCCGAGAACUUUUUCCUGCUCCGGGGCAACCACGAGUGUGCCUCCAUCAACCGCAUCUACGGCUUCUACGACGAGUGUAAACGCAGAUUCAACAUCAAGCUGUGGAAAACGUUCACCGACUGCUUCAACUGCCUGCCCAUCGCUGCCAUAGUGGACGAGAAGAUCUUCUGCUGUCACGGAGGUCUCUCUCCUGACCUGCAGUCCAUGGAGCAGAUCAGACGCAUCAUGAGACCCACAGACGUGCCCGACACAGGCCUGCUGUGUGAUCUGCUGUGGUCAGACCCGGACAAAGACGUUCAAGGCUGGGGGGAAAACGACCGCGGCGUGUCCUUCACAUUCGGGGCUGAUGUGGUCAGCAAGUUCCUCAACCGCCACGACCUGGACCUCAUAUGCAGAGCCCACCAGGUGGUAGAAGAUGGUUAUGAGUUCUUUGCCAAGCGGCAGCUGGUGACCCUGUUCUCAGCUCCAAACUACUGUGGAGAGUUUGACAACGCUGGAGGCAUGAUGAGUGUGGACGAAACCCUGAUGUGCUCCUUCCAGAUCCUGAAGCCGUCUGAGAAGAAAGCAAAGUACCAGUACGGAGGCAUGAAUGCUGGUCGGCCCGUCACCCCGCCUCGCACAGCCCAAACUCCAAAGAAACGAUGAAGACGACCGGAGGAAGAGACACAGAGAACGACUGAGAAAGAGAGAGAGAGAGAGAAGAGAUUGUCGGUUUUUCACUACACAGAUAAAGUCAGAGCAACACGUACCAGAGGAGAAAACCACCAUGCCCAAACCUGUCUGUCGUUUCUUUCUCUGAGUUGCUGUCACACUUCUUCUUCUUCCUCGGUUUUCUUUCUCUGCAUUCAUCGGUGUAACAUUUUUAAAAACAAGUGUUGAAAAAAGAGAAAACGGAGGUGUCAUUCUGUAGCAUAUCAGAGUGUUUUUUUCUUUUUUGUCUUGUCUUUUUGCCUUUUUUGUUUUUCUUGACAACAGAAUGACAGCUAGUUUAGUUUACCACAUACCCUUACUCCCCCGCCUGCCUGUACGGGCACUACAGGAAAAUUACUGACGACUGCUGGGUUUUCAAUAAAUAAUACAAGAAAUAA